GGCUAAUUAUCGAGAGCUUGAUGUUGAUAAAGUAAAGCGGCGGAGCGCGGGCCGAAGCAUGUGUAGGGCUCCGGGCCCCUGUCCCCGCCGCCGUCCGCGCCCCCGCGCCCCGCCAGCCCCGCGCGCGAGAUGAUGGACGGUCGCCUCCUGGAGCACCCGCAUGCCCAGUUCGGGGGCUCGCUGGGCGGCGUGGUGGGCUUCCCCUACCCGCUGGGCCACCACCACGUGUACGAGCUGGCCGGUCACCAGCUGCAGUCGGCCGCCGCCGCCGCUGCCGCGGCCUCGGUGCCCUUCUCCAUCGACGGCCUGCUCAGCGGCUCGUGCGCUGCAGCCGCCGCCUCGGUGGUCAACCCCACGCCGCUGCUGCCGGCUGCCUGCGGGGUGGCCGGCGAAAGCCAGCCCUUCAAGCUUGCAGACUCGGGGGAUCCAGACAAGGAGAGCCCCGGCUGCAAACGGAGACGCACCCGCACCAACUUUACCGGCUGGCAGCUGGAGGAGCUGGAGAAGGCGUUCAAUGAGAGCCACUACCCGGACGUGUUUAUGCGCGAGGCGCUGGCGCUGCGCCUGGACCUGGUCGAGUCCCGAGUUCAGGUCCUGCAUAACGAAUGAUGUGCGUAGCUGUGCUGGGAGAGCUGGGCUAAUGAAGGUCCAUCCAAGUUCGGCUUCACAGGCCCUUCUUGAGGAAGAAGUAACCAGAUUUCCCUUCAAGGGAGACCCUGCAAUGUGGGCCUUGAGCAUCUCUUGGCCCCCCCCCCCCCAACACAGGGGCUGCCGGUUCAGCACAGCCUUUCCUGAUCACCAGGCCAGGCCCCUUAGAACUGAGAGACCACGGCGAGGGCAAACUGGGGCCUGCUUCUGCCCCCUACCCCCAACCAGGAACUCUGGACAGCGCUGGGUCACAGGCGACACGGGGCUUGCCUGAGGAAGGGGCAGCUCCCUGGGGCCGGAGGUCUGGUUCCAAAAUCGCCGGGCCAAAUGGAGAAAGAAGGAGAACACCAAAAAGGGCCCUGGCCGGCCGGCCCACAACUCGCACCCGACCACGUGCAGCGGGGAGCCCAUGGACCCAGAGGAGAUCGCUCGCAAGGAACUGGAGAAGAUGGAGAAGAAGAAACGCAAACACGAGAAGAAACUGCUCAAGAGUCAGAGCCGCCACCUGCACUCGCCCGGUGGCCUGUCCCUGCACAGCGCGCCCAGCUCCGACAGCGACAGCGGUGGCGGAGGCCUGUCUCCAGAGCCACCCGAGCCGCCACCGCCGACCGCCGCGGCCAAGGGUCCUGGAGCGCACGGCUCUGGCAUCGCGGGUUCCGCUCCGGUACCUCCUGGCGAGCCACCCGCGCCUGGCACCUGCGAUCCCGCCUUCUACCCGAGCCAAAGAAGCGGCGCCGGCUCGCAGCCACGGCUAGGUCGCCCGGCGGACAAGGACACGGUCCCUUGCGGGCCUGGAGCGGCGGCGACUGCGGGCCUGCCUAAGGCUAGCCCGUUCAGCGUGGAGAGCCUGCUGUCCGACUCGCCACCGCGCCGCAAAGCCACCCCAGCCAACGCUGCGGCCACUGCGGGGCUGGACUUCACGCCGGGGCUGCCGUGUGCACCUCGGACCCUGAUUGGCAAGGGCCACUUCUUGCUCUACCCCAUCACGCAGCCCCUGGGUUUCCUAGUGCCACAGGCAGCGCUCAAGGGCGGAGCGGGCCCUGAAUUGGUGCCCAAGGACGCGCCGCCCGCGCCCCCCGCGCCCCCCGCACCACCCGCGCAGGCCAGUUUCGGGACCUUCCCCGGACCUGGUGGCGCUGCGGACCCGGCCUUCGCCCGUCGCAGCCCUGAGGUUGUUGCCUCUCCCGGGCCACCCGCUCCCGCUUCUUUCCGGGACCUAACAGCGGCGGCUGCCGAGAGCGGUGCCGGGGACUGCGCGGACGUGGGGACCGUCUGCCCCGCGGCCUCGCCGCCCCCACCUCUCGAAACGUCGCCUGGCCCGGGCCCUAGAGCCCCCAGCCCACCCGGGGAGCCAGCCACUUGCGGCGCCGCUGAGCCGGGCGCUGCUACGGGACCCAGCCCUCCCGAGGGCGAGGAGGUGGACAUGGACUGAGCUGGGGACCGCGGCUGGAAGAUGCGCUUAGCCAGUCGAGCCCACUCACUCAGCCCCAGACUCCCAACGAAUCAGGUGAUCGGCUCUUAGAGACAUUGCUUUUCCCUCUUGCUUUUUGUUUUCUUCCUUUUAUUAUUAUUUUUAAAGGCAAACGAAAACGCUGUGUCGAUGGGGACCAAGGCGGCAGCUGCUGGUCCUGGGGUGAGGUCCCCUCCUCCGGAGGGAUCAAAAAACCCCAUAUCCCCUAACACACACACACACACACACACACACACACACACACACACACACACACACACACACACAAAACCCACAACGAGAAUCCUCAGCCUUGUAAAAUGCAAAAAUGUCUAAGAAUAUUUAUAUAUGUACCAUUUUUUAUAAAUAAAGCUGAUCAAACGCAAA